AUGUCGUGUCAUCGUUCCUACUGUGCCCACGGUGACCCAAGCGCCGACGAGGAAGAAGAAGACACCGUGGUUCUCGUGGUAGACCCGUUGACAUGUCUGGAGAGGGAGAAGGGGAUCUCAAGUGAUCGAGGCGAGCAUACGGAGGAAGAGGGCAUCAAGAUGGCCUGCCCGCCGCGAAAGGUUAUCUGCCGGGCGUCUACCCGCCUGCGAGACGUGAUCAUCAACUCACCGGCGGGGGAACUUCCCCUGCUGCGUGGCCGUUACCGUACCUGGGAAGAGGUGAUGGCGCACAUGGGGGCUCCUCACACUUUCACCGCCUCAGGCCCCGGCUACUCGACCGAGUUUUUGAUGGAAAUGUUCGUCCUGGCUGCCACGUUUAACAUCGAGGUCGGUGGAACGACGGGACUAAUGUCAAAAAAACAGAUUCUUAACGCCGACGUCGUGGGUCGAUUUCCGUAUUCCCCGCCGCGUAGCUCUCAGAGCGGCGUGCAUAGCCAUAGCUGGUCAAACCUGUUCUCUUCUCCAGAAUAUGGCUAUGUUCCUACUGAGGGCAUCAGUUCCAGGGGCCCUGGUCCUGCUGUAUAG